AUGAAAACUGAUUUUAAGUUUUCCAAUUUAUGUGGAACCGUAUACACCAAAGGAAAUCUAUGCUUCACUCCUGAUGGAAAUUCACUUUUAAGUCCAGUUGGAAAUCGCGUAACUUUAUUCGACCUGGUGAACAAUAAGUCAUUCACCUUUCCAUUUGAAAAUAAGAAAAAUAUUAGUCGAAUUGCACUUUCACCAAACGCUAGUUUAUUACUUUCUAUUGACGAAGAAGGGAGGGUUCUUUUAGUAAAUUUUCAACGACGCGUUGUUUUGCACGAAUUCAACUUUAAAUCGAGUGUUGUGGACGUGCAAUUUAGCCCAGAUGGGAAAUAUUUUGGCGUUGCAGUCGGAAAAACUAUCAAGGUGUGGAAAUCACCAGGCUUCAAUCGAGAGUUUGCGCCGUUCAUCUUUCAUCAUCAAUAUACUGGACAUUACGAUGAUGUAACUUCGAUAACGUGGUCUAGUGACUCUCGGUUUUUCCUCUCUACUUCAAAGGAUAUGACCACUAAAAUUCAUCCCAUCCUUCUUAACAAUGAGUUUAAUACCGUCACUUUGUCUGGGCAUAGAGACUAUGUAGUCAAUGCAUUUUUUUCCGGAAAUCAAGAAUCAAUAUACACCAUUAGUAAAGACGGUGUUCUUUUGAUCUGGGUUUUUAUAGCUUCUAACGAAGAUAAACAUGAAAGAUGGAGGAUCACAUCUCGACAUUAUUUUAAUCAAUCCGGUGCCAAGGUGAUUUGUUCGGCUUACCACAUAAAAUCAAAUUUGUUGGUGGUUGGCUUCUCAUCUGGAAUAUUUGGAAUCUGGGAAAUGCCAGAAUUUAAUAAUAUUCACACCUUGAGCAUAUCCCAAAAGAAAAUCAAUUCAGUGUCUAUAAAUGAAACAGGUGAAUGGUUGGCAUUUGGAUCAUCAAAGUUAGGCCAAUUAUUGGUAUGGGAGUGGCAAUCUGAAUCAUACGUUCUCAAGCAACAAGGGCAUUUUUACGAUAUGAAUACAUUGUCUUACUCAAAUGAUGGUCAAUAUAUUGCAACUGGUGGUGAUGACGGCAAAGUAAAAGUUUGGAAUACUAUGUCUGGAUUUUGUUUUGUCACAUUUUCUGAACAUAGUUCCGGAGUAAUGAUGGUAGAAUUUGCUAAAAGUGGUCAAGUAUUAUUCUCAGCUUCCCUGGACGGCACUGUACGUGCAUUUGAUUUAAUUCGUUACAGAAAUUUUCGUACAUUUACUUCUCCAACGCCCAUUCAAUUUUUUUCAUUGGCUGUGGAUCCAAGCGGAGAGAUAGUUUGUGCUGGUUCGAUGGAUACUUUUGAGGUGUUUGUAUGGUCUGUACAGACCGGUAAGCUAUUAGACAUAAUAACGGGACACGAGGGACCGAUAAGUGGAUUAGCGUUUAGUCCCUCAGGUUUACUAUUGGUAUCGAGUUCAUGGGACGGUACGGUUCGCAUAUGGGAUAUUUUUGGACGCGGAAAACAUGUCGAGGUGCUGCGGCAUAAUUCUGAUGUUUUAACUGUAGCAUUCAGACCCGAUGGUAAACAAUUAGUUUCGUCCACUUUGGAUGGACAAAUAACUUUUUGGGAUGUUGAAAGUGGUACCCAGGUGGCGUCGAUCGAAGGACGAAAGGAUAUUUCAGGAGGAAGAAAGGAAAAUGAUCGUAGAACUGCGGAAAAUUCUUCUUCCGGAAAAUCUUUUAAUAGUUUGUGUUAUUCUGCUGAUGGAUCAUGUGUGAUUGCAGGCGGGAAUAGCAAAUAUGUGUGUCUUUAUGAUGUCGAAGGACAGUUACUCAUCAAAAAAUAUCAAAUAUCCCAUAACUUAUCAUUCGAUGGAAUUCGAGAGUUCUUGAACAGCAAAUAUAUGACGGAGGCUGGGCCUCUCAAUUUGAUUGAUCUUACUGGAGAUGCGAGCGACCUCGAGGAUAGGCUCGAUGUGAGUCUGCCCGGUACUCAAAAAGGAGACCUUUCUGUACGAAGAGUCAUGCCCGAAAUUCGUACAAAAUCUAUCAAGUUCUCGCCGACGGGGAGAUCUUGGGCGGCGGCAUCAACCGAAGGAUUGCUGAUUUAUUCAUUAGAUGAAACGUUGGUUUUUGAUCCUUUCGAUUUAGAAAUGGACAUUACUCCAGCUUCUAUAUUGGAAACUUUGCGUUCUGCCGAUUUCUUAAAGGCGUUGGUAAUGGCUUUUAGGCUCAACGAAAGCCACUUGAUUCAUAAAGUCUAUGAAGCAAUACCACCGGAAGACAUAGAAUUAGUAAUCAAGGAUUUGCCUGAGAAGUACAUCGAUCGAUUGCUUAAAUUUAUAUCCAAUCAUAUGGAAGAAUCUCCACAUAUUGAGUUUCAUUUAUUAUGGGUUUCCAAGAUGUUGACCACUCAUGGAAAAUAUUUGAAACAGCAUUCGAAUGAAUUCAAUAGUAGUUUUAGAUUGAUGCAAAAGGCCAUUAACAGAAUGCAAGAAGAUAUUUCAAAAUUGUAA